AUGACUCACGAGAAUCGAGCAAGAAUCAUUAUUAGGGAAACGAACGGUACCAGAAUAGAUGUGAAAAACCAGGAUAUGUUUAGUAUUAUUCAAAUUCUACAACUCCCAUAUUUGAAAACGAAAGAGUUGAUCAUCUUGUGCCCCGGCAGCGAAAUUCAACAAGUCAGAAAUCUUAUCACUGAAAUAUCCUCUCUGAUCAAUGCAAAGAAAUUAGACAAACUUCGAACAAAACAGUUUUACUGGAGAUGCGUUCCUGAUGAGGCUGAUGAAUUUAUUGAAUUUUUGAAACUGUUGAAUGAGAAUGAGCUAGAAAUGAUUCACAAUGAUAUGAACAAUUUUUCGAGUGACCAAAUGAAGGAGGUGGGAGGAAUGAAACAAUGGAUGAACGCCAAGGAAAUUUGGUUAGGAAAUGGAGAAGUAUCAUCUGUUGACCAAUUUUUGCAUGUACAUAACUGUAAUGUUUAUUUUUCAAAGUUGGAAGUAGAAGACAUUUGGAAAAUGAUACUGAGCUUCCAAUCUCGAGACCUUCCAAUUGGUUCUUCUUUCGAUCUUUUCACAGAAAACCCUCCAAAACUCGACGACGUGUUCAAAAUGUACAAAGUGGUGCCUAACCAUCAACCUAUAAUCCCCGACGACAUCGGAAUAAUUGGUAGACACACUCAACGUUUCAAAACUGGUUCCGAUGACAAAAUGUUGGUAGUACGAAACACUGAACUAGGCAUCAGAGGAAAUGUUUUGAAGAAGGAUUGA